AUGGUGAGUGAUCUGGAAAGAAAUAAGAGUCCAGCAGAUGAGUGGAUCAGAAGGCGUGCAGGAAAAGCCAUCUCCCAGGCGGGCAGCCUCCUCUCGGCCCAGGGCAUCCUGAGGGACGGGAAGAGCUGGUGCUCCCAAGAUGCCAUUGGGGGCCAAGUGCUGUCAGAGCUCUUCACCAACAGAAAGGAGAGCAUCUCUCUCAAGACUUCCGAAGACUGUCUCUACCUCAAUAUCUACACUCCUGCUGACUUGACCACGAAAAGCAGACUUCCGACUUCGGGCAAGCGCUGCCCUCCAGCGCUGCAGGACCUCCUGGCGCAGACGGUGAUGGUGUGGAUCCAUGGUGGGGGCCUGUUGGUGGGCGCCGCGUCAACCUACGAUGGCCUGGCCCUCUCUGCCCAUGAAAACGUGGUGGUGGUGACCAUCCAGUACCGCCUGGGCAUCUGGGGGUUCUUCAGCACAGGAGAUGAGCACUGCCCAGGAAACUGGGGACAUUUGGACCAGCUGGCUGCUCUGCGCUGGGUCCAGGAGAACAUUGCUAACUUUGGAGGGAACCCAGGCUCUGUGACCAUCUUUGGAGAGUCAGCAGGAGGUGAAAGUGUCUCUGUUCUUGUUUUAUCUCCCCUGUCCAAGAACCUCUUCCACCGGGCCAUCUCUGAGAGUGGCGUGUCCCUCACCUCUGUUCUGGUCAAGAAGGAAAUGAACGCUGCAGCUCAGCAAAUCGCUUUCUUUGCUGGGUGUAAAACUACCACCUCGGCUGUGCUUGUUCACUGCCUGCGCCAGAAGACAGAGGAAGAGCUCUUGGAUGUGUCGCUGAAGAUGAAAUUUUUCUCUCUUGAUUUACUUGGAGACCCCAAGGAGAGCCAACCCUUCCUGCCCACUGUGGUGGACGGCGUGCUGCUGCCCAAGACCCCGGACGAGAUGCUGGCCGAAAAGAGCCUGAACACCGUUCCCUACAUGGUCGGAAUCAACAAGGACGAGUUUGGCUGGCUCCUGCCCAUGAUGAUGGGUUACCCACUCUCAGAAGGCAAGCUGGACCAGGAGGAGGCCACAUCGCUCCUGUGGAAGUCCUAUUCAAUUGUUAACGUCCCUGAGGAACUGACUGCAGCGGCCACUGAGAAGUACUUAGGAGGGACAGACGAUCCUGUCAAAAAGAAAGACCUGUUCCUGAAAAUGAUGGCAGACUUGAUCUUUGGUGUCCCUUCUGUGAGGGUGGCCCGUCACCACAGGAAUGCUGGAGCCCCCACCUACAUGUAUGAGUACCAGUACAGCCCCAGCUUCUCAUCAGAACUGAAGCCCAAGGUGUCAGACCACGGGGAUGAGAUCUUUUCGGUCUUCGGAGCCCCAUUUUUAAAAGAGGGCGCCUCUGAAGAAGAAAUCAAGCUCAGCAAGAUGGUGAUGAAAUUUUGGGCCAACUUCGCUCGGACUGGGAACCCCAACGGGGAGGGGCUGCCCCACUGGCCAGCAUAUGACCAGAAGGAAGGGUACCUGCAGAUUGGAGCCACCACCCAGGCAGCCCAGAAGCUGAGAGACGAGGAAGUGACUUUCUGGACCCAACUACUGGCCCAGGCGGCACAGAAGCCACCACACACCGAGCACGUCGAGCUGUGA